UUACGCGCCUGAGUUGGGUAUUAUGCCUGAAUGCUGUUUAGUUUUUGUAGCGUUAUGGUUUGCCUCAAUACAGAAAUUUAUUUACUUGAGAGUAUUUACCCAGACCAAAGUAUGCCUCAUUUUGUGGACAUUGAAAACCGGAAGAAAAAAGUUGUGAAAGAUCUUUUUUAGAUAUUUGGAAGUUGAACCAUGCUUUGGAGUCAUCACAAGUUUGCUUACAGUUUCUGGGGUUAAGUGGGUGCGGUAGGUUUGAUGAACGAAAAUGUUCUCUGAGGGGUGGGCACUUUGGAAGGGAUUCGUCCUCUUCAGUCUCCUACGUUGAAAAAACAACCAGUUGUUACUCCUGGCUUGAAGCCCAUUUUUUCUUUCCUGGAAGUUCAUGAGAUCCUGUCCGGUUCAGCCAUUUGCAGGGUUUUCCAGAGUUCAGUGGUGCUCUGUAACUGUGAUUUACAGGCAUUUAAACCCUGCGAAAAGCUUCAUUGCAUGCGUAAUAAAGGAGAACUACGAUGACCCGCAUAAAACCCCUGCCUCCCCAGUUGUUCACAUCAGGGGCCUGAUUGACGGCGUGGUGGAAGCUGACCUUGUGGAGGCCUUGCAGGAGUUUGGACCUAUCAGCUAUGUGGUGGUGAUGCCUAAAAAGAGACAGGCAUUGGUGGAGUUUGAAGAUGUGUUGGGGGCUUGCAACGCCGUGAACUACGCAGCCGACAACCAGAUCUACAUUGCAGGCCACCCAGCUUUUGUCAAUUACUCUACCAGCCAGAAAAUCUCUCGUCCUGGGGACUCAGAUGACUCCCGGAGCGUCAACAGUGUGCUUCUCUUUACCAUCCUGAACCCCAUCUAUUCCAUUACCACGGAUGUUCUUUAUACUAUCUGUAAUCCUUGUGGUCCUGUCCAGAGAAUUGUGAUUUUCCGGAAGAAUGGCGUCCAGGCCAUGGUGGAGUUUGACUCUGUGCAGAGUGCCCAGCGAGCUAAGGCCUCCCUCAAUGGGGCUGACAUCUACUCAGGUUGUUGCACUCUGAAGAUAGAGUACGCAAAGCCUACGCGCUUAAACGUGUUCAAGAAUGAUCAGGAUACCUGGGACUACACAAACCCCAAUCUCAGUGGACAAGGUGACCCUGGCAGCAACCCUAACAAACGCCAGAGGCAGCCCCCUCUACUGGGAGAUCACCCCGCAGAAUAUGGAGGGCCCCACGGUGGGUACCACAGCCAUUACCAUGAUGAGGGCUACGGGCCCCCCCCACCUCACUACGAAGGGAGAAGGAUGGGCCCACCAGUGGGGGGUCACCGCCGGGGCCCAAGUCGCUACGGCCCCCAGUAUGGGCACCCCCCACCCCCUCCCCCACCACCCGAGUAUGGCCCCCACGCCGACAGCCCUGUGCUCAUGGUCUAUGGCUUGGAUCAAUCUAAGAUGAACUGUGACCGGGUCUUCAAUGUCUUCUGCUUGUAUGGCAAUGUGGAGAAGGUGAAAUUCAUGAAAAGCAAGCCGGGGGCUGCCAUGGUGGAGAUGGCGGAUGGCUACGCUGUGGACCGGGCCAUCACUCACCUCAACAACAACUUCAUGUUUGGGCAGAAGCUGAACGUCUGUGUCUCCAAGCAACCAGCCAUCAUGCCCGGUCAGUCAUAUGGGCUAGAAGACGGGUCCUGCAGUUACAAAGACUUCAGUGAGUCAAGGAACAAUCGGUUCUCCACUCCAGAGCAGGCAGCCAAGAACCGCAUCCAGCACCCUAGCAAUGUGCUGCACUUCUUCAACGCCCCUCUGGAGGUGACUGAAGAGAACUUCUUUGAGAUCUGCGAUGAGUUGGGAGUGAAGCGGCCAUCUUCUGUGAAAGUAUUCUCAGGCAAAAGUGAACGCAGCUCCUCUGGACUGCUGGAGUGGGAAUCCAAGAGUGAUGCCCUGGAGACUCUGGGCUUCCUGAACCAUUACCAGAUGAAAAACCCAAAUGGGCCAUACCCGUACACUCUGAAGUUGUGUUUCUCCACUGCUCAGCACGCCUCCUAAUUAGGUGCCUAAGAAGAGUCCCAUCUGAGCAGGAAAACCUUUCUUUCUUUUAUGCUGUUUUUUUUUUUUUUUUUCUGCAAAUGUUCCUGUAUUCCUUUUUUUAAAUGCUAGUUUAGUAGAGGCUUUAACCAUAAUGGAAUGGCUGGAAGUCUAAAGGGGGAGGGGAAGGGGAACUGAUAUCUCCCAAGAUUAACCUUCACUUUUUAAAAAUUACUGUACAUGUGAUUUUUUUUUUUUCCUGUUCAUACAUUUGUGCUGCCCAUGUACUCUUGGCACAAUUCAAUAAAAUUGUUUGGAAAAUAAAGGUCACUUUCUGGGA